AUGGAUAACCGACCUGAAUUCAACAUGGAUAAUAAUGUGUAUUCAAAUAUUGCUAGCUAUAAAUGUACGCAUAAUAAUUUCGACCAACCAGCAGUUUAUUUCAUGAUUCGAUGCAAACAUUUUCUGUGCGAAAGAUGUAGCAGAAAUUCUGUAAGUUUAAAUAUUUUUCAAAUUGAAGUCCGAUAAAAGCAUAUUUUAGUAUGAAAGUCAUCACGGAUGGAAAUGUCCUAAAUGCAAUGGAUUCACGGAACGUAUGGAAGUGUCAAGCUGCGUUGAAUGUAAGGUUCAGAUUGGUAUAAUAAAAUAAAUCAAUAGUAUUCUUACAGCACUCAACGAGGAAAGAAUUCUUCUGAAAAGAUCAUUAGAAAUCAAAGAUAAUGAAUUGGAAGCAAAAAAGGCUAGACUAGAAUUCUUUGAGCAAUUAAUAGAAGAUCAUUUGAAAUGUUUGGAUUGCAAUUUGACAGAAUCAGAAGAAAGGUUUGAAAAAAAAAAUAACAUCCAUUAUUCCAACCGGGGUUUUUGUAGAUUACAAUUAUGCGAGACUUGUCAUGGAUUGCAAUAUAAUAAUAAUUUGGAAGAAGUCAAGAAAUGUGCAAUUUGUGCGAGCUGCUCGAUCAAGAAACAUAUUCGAAAUGGGCAUAACACUGUGGACUUUUUCCCGAUUUUUGUAAGUUUGAUUUUUCAGUCAAAAAAUAAAAUGCGUUUUGUUUCCAGAGACAACUUCAAAAUUCAGCAAACCUAAUCAAAAUUAAAGAAAAAGUAGACGAGUUUGAAAAUAUGCGCGCAAGAUAUAACAAUGAUUUAAUUGAUUUCAAUGACAAAAAUGGGAAGAUUGUUCAGAAAAUGGAUGUUUUGACUGAAAUGGUUCGAAGAAGUAAAACAACAAUUGCUCAACAAGCAUUGACUGAUAAAUUGAGCACGAUCAUUGAAAGGGUUAGUUUUUCCAAAUUUUUCAAUACAUAUUGUUUAAUUUCAGUCAAUGACUCGGACUGAAACUACAAAUAACAUUAUAAAAAAUCAUAUUCGAAUGAUGAGCGAUCAAUUGGAACUAUUGAGACAAUGGAACGAGGAUCACAAACAUUAUGCUGAUCCAACACUUACCGAUUAA